UUGUGCGAUUUUAUAGGAGCUCUUACGUCAGAAGAAAUAGCGGAUAUAACUGAAACAUGCUGCAGUUAUGGAGAGAUGUUUAUGAUGACUUCUCCUGAAAAAGAUUGUUCUAAACUAGGCACACCUGAAGAUAUUGAACCCGAACAGAUGGAAGCUUGUAAACCAGCCGCAAAAACCUGCUGCGAACAGCAAAUAUUGAAAACAGACGAAUGCAACGCUGGCAUAAAGUGGGCUGUGGCUAAGAAAUGUGAAACGCCUGAAGGAGAAAUUGGAAAGACUUGUUGCGACGAGUGUUCAUUUGGUCGUCUCGCUGGGACCCAGGGUAGGCAGGCCUGUGGCGAAGUACCUACGGAAUUCUUGAGCCCAUUAACAGCUUUGAGAAAGAUAGCCUAUCAUAAAUGUUGUGUGGAAGCUGCGCAGGAAUUAGAGACGACUACGGAGAAAAAAGAAGUAACUACUACAGAAAAACCAAAGGAAAAAUGUAAGGCGAACUCUUGUGAGCAUAAUUGUUCGGACAGUGACGGCAAGGUCACGUGUCUGUGUAAAGAUGGUUAUAGACUUCAACAAGAUAAAAAAUCUUGUAAAGAUAUAAAUGAAUGUGCAGAAGCCGUAGAUGACUUGUGCACAGAUAAGGACACUGUGUGCCACAAUACUGAAGGAUCAUAUAAAUGUGUGCCUCUUAAAAAGCGAGAUGUUGGCCUAAGUUGUCCUCCAGGAUUUAAACGAAAUGUCGUUAACCAAGUCUGUGAUGAUAUUAAUGAGUGCCGUCUUCCAAGGCCGCCGUGUCCAAAGUACCUCUGUGAAAACACUAUCGGUGGUUACAAAUGUGCCGGUAAAGUUGGAAAACCUUACACAGAAGAUGGUACAGCACCAACAACUGAGGCUGGAGCAUCAACUUCAUCGACUGUGAGAAAUGAUAUCUGCCCGCCGGGUUUCAGAGCUGGCCCUGAUGAUGAAUGUCUUGAUAUCGAAGAGUGUGAGGAACAUUUGGACGACUGCCAGCGUCUAUCACAAUAUUGUAUAAACACUCACGGAAGCUAUUUCUGCCAGGACCAUGUCUCUAAGCGAUGCGCUCCCGGCUUCAAGGUCAAUGGUAACACUGGUAUAUGUGAAGAUAUCGACGAAUGCGAAGAAAGCUCAGAAGUGUGCAAACGAAAUGAAGUUUGUAUUAAUUUGCCAGGAGCCUACAAUUGCAAGUCAAAAAUUAGUACCCUACCAAAGCUGGCCACACAGAAUUGCCAAGAAGGUACACGUAGACGAGGAAGCAGUUGCGAAGAUAUUGACGAAUGUCGAGAAGGAACGCAUUUGUGCGACCAGUUUCAGAACUGCAUUAAUACCUUCGCCGGACAUGAAUGUCGCUGUAAGAACGGUUUUGAGUUAGACUCAACAUCAGGAUCAUGUGUGGAUAUUGAUGAGUGCGCCCUAAAGUUAGACAACUGUGGCUUUGAACUGCGUUGUUUAAACGUACUAGGUUCUUUCACUUGUACACGAUCAACAUCAACACCACCGGCGCCAGUUUAUGAAUAUGAAUAUUACGACUCCGAGGAGGACAAUUCAGUAAUUCCAAGUCCAGAGACUUCAUCGUCUACAACGACUUCAACCACAACGUCUACCACAACGACCACGACCACAACCACGCCAAGACCGACCACAACCAGCUCUACCACUACCACUCCUAGACCAUCCACCACUCCUAGACCAUCCACCACGCCGAGACCAUAUCCACCCAGAAGAUACCCCAACACACCAAGAAGACCAAUCUAUCAUAGAACUUCCACUUCAACCACAACUAGUACGACCUCAACAACUCCGCCACCGGUGCCAAAAUAUCCAGAAUGGUCGGACUAUCCAAGAGAAAACACAACUCCAAAAGAAGUAACAGUUCCAAAACCAGAUAUAACAAAUGUUAUCGAAAACGACAAAGAACCAGACGGCAGUUUUGUCCUCAAUACAAAUGAUAUCCCAAAGGAUAGAUGGACCAACGUUAUCAACAGAGAUCAUGAUAGGUUUAAUCCAAACUGGUUGCAUUGUCUGGAUGGAUAUGAGAGGAAUGAACGGGGGGAAUGCGUUGACAUCAACGAAUGCGAAGCCAAUCGACAUAGUUGCAGUUCCUUAGAGUACUGUAUAAAUACACCAGGCAGUUACGACUGCGAGUGUAUUCCUGGUUUUGUGAGGGAUCCAUCCGGCUGGUGCGGUGUUGCAACUACCCCCAGUACUUCUCCAUCGCCACCUACUCCAAGACCAACCACUGUAAGGCUAACUACUCCAAAACCAACCACUACUUCAAGACCUACAACUACACCAAGACCUACCAGACCGCCAAGAAUACCAGCUAGACCAACUAGACCUAUACCAAGAAUAACUCCUAGAACUACAAUUAGACCAAUAACAAGCAGUACAUCAACGUCGACAACCUCACGUAGUACAAAUACAAAUGAAGUUGCUCCGCUAGCACCAACGCCAACCUGGUAUCCAAGUCCAUCGCGUGGUCAUCUCAGCCCGGUUAAUUGCGAGCUAGGGUAUACUUACAACCACAAUGAAAGGAAAUGUGUUGAUAUAGAUGAAUGUGCUACCCAAAGGGCUAGCUGCGGACCUACAGAGGACUGCGUUAAUACAGAAGGAGGAUAUCGCUGUGAAUGUGGCCCAAGAUGUCUAUCUCGUAGACAAAACACCUCUUAUACUUACCACGACAGCCCGCCAGUUAUCAGUCCAGAUUCCAACGUGAUCACUAUAGGAGCUCAGUACGGCCAGCGAGGGCCGAGGUACAUGCGUCCAACAUACAAACGACUCCAUGACACAGGAUCUGUACUCACUACAUGUCCAUGGGGCUACAAACUUACACCAGAUAGAGUCUGUAUGGAUUUGGAUGAAUGUGAGAUGAAUAUCUCCGAGUGUGGUCCGCAGCAGAGAUGUGAAAACUUCUAUGGAGGCUACUCCUGCCAGUGCCCAGCCGGCCAUUGGAGCAACGGCAAGAAAUGUGAUGAUAUCGAUGAGUGCAGUUAUGGCAAUACUUGUUCUUACAACGCGCGAUGCAUCAACACUAUUGGGUCCUAUCGUUGUGAGUGUUCAGAGGGCUUCAGAAACGCUCCGUCUAAUGACAAAGUCUGUGUGGAUGUUGACGAAUGCUCCGAGCCUGAACCAUUAUGUGAACAAGUGUGCGUUAAUGCCUGGGGCGGAUACAGGUGCUAUUGUAACAGAGGCUAUAGACUCAGCAAUGACAAUCGGACUUGUACUGAUGUAGAUGAAUGUGCAGAGGCAGGGGCCCGUAUAUGUACAGCUCAGUGUGUUAACACAGUGGGCUCCUAUCGUUGCGCUUGUCCUUCGGGCUACCGACUGGCUGACGAUAAACGAUCUUGUCUAGAUAUUGACGAAUGUGAAAAUGGCCAAGCUCGCUGCGGUGGUGUGGGAGAGGUUUGUCAGAACACCCGCGGUGGCUAUCACUGCCAUCAGAUAAAAUGCCCACCAGGAUACCGGCUUGAAGGAAAACACAAAUGUGCCCGAAUACAACGCUCGUGUCCAGUGUCAGACUGGUCGUGUCUUCAGCAACCGAGCACCUAUAGCUACAAUUUUAUAACAUUCGUCUCCAACUUGUAUUUACCUCUAGGAAGUGUGGAUCUAUUCUCUAUGCAAGGUCCCGCAUGGCGUGAUGCUGUUGUAAACUUUGAGAUGCGUCUGUUAGACGUGCAAGCGGCGCCUGGAGUCAAACCAGCGGAUAUUACGUGCUUUGGCAUGAGGCCUAGUAACAACGUGUGCGUGAUCUCUCUCCAAUGUUCCCUCCAGGGUCCACAAGUAGCUGAAUUGGAACUAACCAUGUCUUUAUACCAAAGAUCAAUGUUCGCUGGCAACGCGGUCGCCAGAUUAGUUGUAAUCGUAUCAGAAUAUGAAUACUAA